GCUGCGGCCUGUGCUGUCCAGCAACCAUGGCGGUCUGGUGACAGAGGGGGUUCUGGAAUUGAAGCAUGCUGGGAAGUGGCGUCAUGUGUGUAGCCAUGGAUGGGACCUGAGCAGCAGCCGUGUUGUCUGUGGCAUGUUAGGAUUCCCUGCUGCAGAAGCGUUUGACCAGAACGCCUACAGGAAACUGUGGGACUCAAAGCUGGCUGAUCCAUCCUCCAGACUAAGAACACAGAUCAGUAAAAAGGCCUACUGGGUGGAGAAAGUGCAGUGUCAGGGUGUGGAGACCUCACUGUCACAUUGCCAGGCCCAGCUGUCCCUCCCCAGGAGCGACGUCCCAUGCAGGGGCGGCAUGCAUGCUGUAGUCCGCUGUGUCCCAGGAUCCCAGUUCACACGCUAUGGGAGAGCUCCUGCACCACCUGCUGUGCCGCCUGUUGCUCGUCUGAAGGGAGGGCCUCGGCUUGGGGAGGGCCGUGUUGAGGUGCUGAUAGAGGGCAAGUGGGGCACCGUGUGUGACCAUCUGUGGGACAUCACUGCAGCCAGCGUGGUCUGUAGGGAGCUGGGCUUCGGGACAGCCAAGGAGGCCCUCACCAAGGCUCGGCUGGGACAGGGUACCGGUCCCAUCCACAUGAACAGUGUCCAGUGCACAGGAAGGGAGAAAUCGAUUACAGAGUGUCACUACAGACCAGUGCCACUUUACAGCUGCAAACACAACCAGGAUGUAGCAGUCCGCUGCAAUGUGCCCAACACUGGCAUGCAGGCCACAGUGAGAAGCUCACACAAAAACAUGACAGCAUAUUCACAGACAGACUCUAAGCAGUAUCGCUCACAAGAAAACACUUUUUCCUGUCUCUGCGUUCAGGUGCGUCUGGCAGGAGGCAGAGAGCCAGCAGAGGGCCGUGUAGAGGUGUUGAUGGAGGUCGGAGGAGCAAAGCGUUGGGGCUCUGUGUGCAGCGAAAACUGGGGCAUCAACGAGGCCAUGGUGGUCUGUCGACAGCUGGGCCUAGGCUUUGCCGCAAGAGCUCAUCAGGAGACCUGGUACUGGCCUGGUUCUCCAGAUGCUGCAGAGGUGGUGCUGAGUGGCACUCACUGCAUUGGCACUGAGAUGUCUCUCCAGCACUGCCGCAGAAACACACAUGUGUACUGUCCCAGAGGAGGCGAUGGCAGGGCUGCAGGAGUCACGUGUGUAGAAACUGCUCCCGAUCUUGUGCUGGAUGCCCAGCUGGUCCAAGAGACAGCCUACCUGGAGGACCGACCACUCCACCUACUGACCUGCGCCAAUGAGGAGAACUGUUUGUCCUCCUCUGCCGCCAGGAUGAGCUGGCCCUACGGACACCGCCGCCUGCUGCGCUUCUCCUCCCGCAUUAUGAACCUGGGUCUUGCUGACUUCCGGCCCCGGGCCUCCAGAGAAAGCUGGGUGUGGCACCAGUGUCACAGGCACUACCACAGCAUUGAGGUGUUCACCCACUAUGAUCUGCUGACCUUCAAUGGUACCAAGGUGGCUGAAGGUCACAAAGCCAGUUUCUGUCUGGAGGACACCUACUGCCCCGAUGGUCUCUAUAAGCGGUAUGCCUGCUAUAACAUGGGUGAGCAGGGUAUCUCAGUGGGCUGCUGGGACACAUACCGCCACGACAUCGACUGCCAGUGGGUCGACAUCACAGAUGUACGACCUGGUGAAUACAUUUUCCAGGUGGAGGUCAACCCUUCCUUAGACAUGGCUGAGUCUGAUUUCCAGAACAAUGUAAUGCGCUGUCGGGCCAAGUACGACGGAGCACGAAUUUACAUGUUUGGUUGCCACGCAGGCGAUGCUUACAGUGCUGAGGUGGAGGACUUGUUUGACCACCACCAUCAGAUCUCCAGCAACUUUCUGUGAAUAAAGGAUCAUUCAGAUUUAAGGACAGAACAACUGUACAACUCCUCACCACACCUCAACAUAUCAGGCGAGGAAGGGUGAAUGACAAUGAUAUAUGCCAGUAGAUAUAAAGAUGAAGGCCAGAGGGAGGAGGGUGGGAAACUGGGAUGGGUUGAGAGGGAUGUAGGGGCUUCAUACAGAAAUGACUAAUUAGGAUCCCAGGAUUGUCAUCAGCAGUGACUGUCCCCUGUUAGAAAGUCAAAGAGAUGUAAGAAGGCCUGUAGAAAGAGGAAGACCAGUGUAGGUUGUAAGAAGCUUCAUGUCACCAUAAUAUAACGUAGAGUAGUUUACAACUUUCUAAAAAAAAAAUCCCUUAAUCAAAACAUAACCACAGUUAACAAAGUAAUGACAUGAAGGCACAUGAGAACAACACACCCUUUACUAUUACAGUACAUCACCAGACUGUCGGCCAUGUAAUAUCAACACAGACUGUCAACAAAUCUAUGUACUUGCUUCCUGUGCUUUCACUGAUCACAUUACAUUCCAGUGUUUACUGAUCCAACUGUGUGUUUUUUGGUUUUGUUUUCUUCUUUUUUGGAAUGAGAAUUUAUUUUGUGGUGCUAUUUUGCCUUAUUUGAAUAAAUAUUGUAAUGUAUUGCAAAUGUAUUGUCAUGUAUAGUUUUAUAUUACCUCUCUGGAAUAAUGUUGUUUAGGUCUCUAAUUUAUGCAAAAGUUUACUGUACUUUUGAGUUUAAACUUGUCCCUGUGUGGCUGUGUUUUGUAUUGUUGAUUUUAUUAUGGUCAAUAUUUUCACUUGUUUGUUCUUUACCUGUUUAAUAUCAGUACAGCCAGAUGAGAUCUGGUUGUACCACAGUAUGGCGCCUUUAACAGUACA